AUGCCAAUGACGCGCCAAAGAACUGGCAGCGACACAUCCUCUGUGAACUGGCGUGCAGACGCACUGGAUGUUGGAGAGUACCUGGCAGCAGAGACUGCUGCAAAGAAGGGCAAGACAUCAGUCGACUCCAUUGUGGCUUUGGUACAAGCUGAAAGGGAACGGUGGGAUGAGGAGAAAGAGGCUUUGGAAGCCAAUGUGGAGGACCUGAAGGAGAAGUUACGAUCAAUGCAGGCCGCACGCAGUCCGGAUGCGGAGAAACAGGCAUUAAAGCGAGAGCACCAGGAGCUGCGAAAGGCAAUGAAGGCACGAAGUCGAUUUGGAGCUUGGGUUUGCGAGCGACACAUGAAGGAAAGCGAGGAUGAGGAGACAGAUGCAGAAAAGGAGGAGCUGCGCCGGCAGAUCUCGGAGCUGUUUGUCAGACUCCGUGCCGCGAAGGUGGCUGUCGGCGCGGCCUCCAGUGAGUCGGAUUUCUCACCUGCCAGAAGGUGCCCUGGGCCGAUAAUUCGUCGCAGGCAGUGA